AUGCUGUCCCGCGCUCGCAUUGCCUCUCGUCCUGCACGCCCUCUCCGCGCGACCCUUGCUCGGUCAUACGUUGCACGAGCCGAUCCGCCUGAGGGACAGGAGCCGCCCUUCCCAACUCCCUCGGAGCGGACUUACACGGGCACGACGCUUGCGGGCGAGAACACGCCGCGCGGACAGGAGCCUCCGUUAGAGGAACGCACCUACGCAACGAAGCCCGCACCACAGGCGGGCCAGUCGCCACGCCCUGAAAUCCCCCUGCCGCCGCCGCCCAAGGCGGCCGGUAGCUCAAAGACCCUUAUGCUCGUUGCCGUGGUAGCUGCCAUCGCGGGCGCUGCGUUUAUUCCGUGGUACAAGAGCGAGAAAAAGUUGGACGCCGACACGCGGCAGCUCAUACUGCAGCGCGAAGUUGUGGGUGCCGAGGAGCGCGCGCGUCUCGAGUCGCAAAUCGUCAACUCGCGCCGGUAG